AAAAAUGUUAAAGCAUGCCUUAAGAGUGAUGUAAGUCUUUAGACCUAAAUUGCUACAUUGUACACCAUUAUAAACAUUGGCAAUAAGAGGACCUCUUUUUACAAGCAUUCCUGUAAGUUACUUUUGCACAUCAUUACCGAAACAUAAGAAAUUAGCAAUGCCUGCUUUGUAUAAAAGAAAUAAUAUAUUAAUAGAUCACCAACAAUGGAGACAGGAAAUAUAUAGAAAUACUUAAAGAAAGUAGGGGAUCCAAUAACAGCAGGUGAUGUACUAUGUGAAGUAGAGACAGACAAAGCAACAGUGGGAUUUGAGAUGUAAGAUGAAGGAUUCUUAGCCUAAAUCCUUGUUCCUGAAGGUAAAUAAAAUAAAAUAAUUAAAUUAGGUUCUAAAGGUGUUAAAGUUGGUUAAUUAGUUGCAUUAAUAGUUCCAAAGUAGUCAGAUGUGGCAUCAUUUGCUAAUUAUAAAGAUUCAUCCUCUAAAUAAGCUGAGUAAAGUAUUGCUACUUCAAAACCUGCAUAAUAAGCAUAAUAAUCAUCAUCACCUUAAUAAGCACCAUCUAAAGCAUCAGUAGGAGGAUUUCCUAAACAUUCUAAAUUAGGUCUUCCGGCUUUAUCACCUACAAUGGAGAAAGGAAAUUUAAUGAAAUGGCUUGUUAAAGAAGGUGAUAAGAUAAGUCCUGGUGAUGUUAUUUGUGAAAUUGAAACUGAUAAAGCAUCUGUUGGAUUUGAAGUUUAAGAGGAAGGUUAUAUUGCUAAAUUAAUGGUACCUGCUGGAACUAAAGAUAUUAAAUUAGGAACUGUAAUUUAUUAUUUUAUUUUCAGAUAUUAGCUAUUUCUACUCCAAAAAAAGAUAAUGUAUCUAAUUUUGCUAAUUACACACUUGAAGGUGCUGCUACUGCUACUGUUGCUUAAACUACAUAAGCAUAACCAGUAUAAUAACAAUAAUAAUAAUCAUAAAUAAUUAUUAAUGAUACCCCAAUAUAAACAAUUUCUUAAUCUGGUUAAAGAAUAUUUGCUUCACCACUUGCCAAAGAAUUUGCCAAAAAGAAUAAUGUUGCUUUAGAAUAAAUUAGAGGAACUGGCUUAGAUGGUAGUAUUAUCAAAAAAGAUGUUGAAAGAUAUCUUUAAUCUGGAUCAAAGCCUGAAGUCUAAUAAUAAUAAUAAGUUGUUACACCUCCUUAAUAAUAAUAAUAAUAAUAAUAAACUUAAGUAACUUAAGAAUAAACUACAUAAUAAACAGCACCACCUUAAGUUAAAUAAUAAAGUAAAGCUACAACUGCUUCAAAACCUGUUGCUAUUGAAGGCAAUCCUUAUGUUGACACAGAACUUACUAAUAUGAGAUAAACUAUAGCUGCUAGAUUAUUAGAAUCAAAAACAACUAUUCCUCAUUAUUAUUUAACUAUGACUGUAACAAUGGAUAAAGUAUUAAAGUAAUAUCUAUUUGAUUAUUAAAAGAGUACGUGAAGAAUUGAAUAAAUUAUAAAAAGUGAAAAUCUCUGUUAAUGAUUUCAUUAUUAAGGCAAGUGCUUUGGCAUUAAAAGAUAUACCAUAAGCUAAUUCAUAAUGGCAUGGUACAUUCAUUAGAAAAUUUGCUAAUGCUGAUAUUUCAAUUGCUGUUGCUACUGAUGCAGGACUUAUCACACCUAUUGUUUUUAAUGCUAGUAGCAAAGGCCUUGGUACAAUUGCCUCAACAGUUAAAGAAUUAGCUGAUAAAGCUAAAGCCAAUAAACUUAAACCUUAAGAAUUUAUAGGUGGCACUUUUACCAUCUCUAAUCUAGGAAUGUUUGGUAUUGAUUAAUUUAUUGCUGUUAUCAAUCCACCUUAAUCAGCUAUUUUAGCUGUAGGAAAAACUAGUAAAAGAUUUGUACCUGAUGAAAAUGGUUAACCUAAGUAUUUUAUCAUCUUAUUUCAAGGGUUGAAAACUAAAUGGAUGUCACCUUAUCUUGUGAUCAUAGAGUUGUUGAUGGAGCUGUUGGUGCUUAAUGGUUACAAAGAUUUAAAUUUUAUAUUGAAGAUCCUAAUACCUUAUUGCUCUGAGAUUUAUUACAAUUUAUACAUAAAAAAUGUAUCUAUAAG